AUGUGUGUGUCUGGAGUGUGUAGACUGUACUGUCCUCGAUCUGGAGCUGUUUGUCUGUUUGUGGCUACAGCAGUUCUCAACGUGAGUGGUUCCCAACCGCUAAAUGGGUUUCUAUUUACAAAGCGGAUUUCAAGCGUUCGUACUGAUGUAGCGUCAGCAGCUCCUGAACUUAUCCGGACUGCAGUCAGUAAUCCCAUAAAUUCAGCUGGAUGCUGACAGUCACUUGGGUGGGGCUGACGCGGAUGACAGCACACGGGAGCAGAGCUCAGGGAUAAACCUAACCGCACAGGAUCAUUUUAAAGCAUCUUGAGCGGUUGGUCCGACAAGCCAUGACCAAGCCCGAGUCGAAGAAAAGCGGAGUGGCCGCGAUCAACGCUACCGGCAAGUGCGCCACAGCGUCAUCGGCCGCCGAGCAAGUCAACAACGGCUCAGUUGAACCGGGCUGUCCGGAUCAGAGCACACCAAUCAAAGCCAAGGUGAUGAAGCAGACCUCCAGGGAGAGCCUGCACCGGAGAAACACGGAGUGCGAAGUCUACGACGACGGGACCAACACCUUUUUCUGGCGAGCCCAUACUGUGACAGUGCUGUUCAUUCUGACCUGCGCUCUGGUCUACGUCACACUGUUGGAGGAGACCCCCCAGGACACGGCCUAUAACACUAAAAGGGGGAUAGUAGCCAGCAUCCUGGUGUUCCUCUGUUUUGGUGUGACACAAGCCAAAGAUGGACCAUUCACCAGACCACAUCCAGCUUACUGGCGGUUCUGGCUUUGUGUCACUGUCGUCUACGAGCUCUUCCUCAUCUUCAUCCUAUUCCAGACAGUGCACGAUGGACGACAGUUCAUGAAGUACAUUGACCCCAAAUUGGGAGUACCGCUGCCAGAGCGCGACUAUGGAGGAAACUGCCUUAUCUAUGACCCAGGCAACACUACUGACCCCUUCCACAACAUCUGGGACAAGAUGGAUGGCUUUGUUCCAGCUCACUUCUUGGGAUGGUAUAUCAAGACUCUGAUGAUCCGGGAUUGGUGGAUGUGUAUGAUAAUCAGUGUCAUGUUUGAGUUCCUGGAAUACAGCCUGGAGCACCAGUUACCCAACUUCUCUGAAUGCUGGUGGGACCAUUGGAUCAUGGAUGUGUUGGUGUGUAACGGUCUGGGGAUUUACUGCGGUAUGAAGACCCUGGCCUGGUUGUCAAUGAAGCCCUACCAGUGGCAGGGCCUGUGGAACAUUCCUACAUACAAGGGAAAGAUAAAGCGUAUAGCAUUCCAGUUUACACCAUACAGCUGGGUGAAGUUUGAGUGGAAGCCUGCUUCAAACCUUCGUCGCUGGCUCGCUGUGUUAGGUAUCAUCUUUAUGUUCCUCCUUGCAGAGCUGAACACCUUCUACCUGAAGUUUGUGUUGUGGAUGCCUCCUGAGCACUACCUGGUGCUGCUCCGUCUGGUCUUUUUUGUCAAUGUGGGAGGUGUAGCCAUGAGGGAGAUCUAUGACUUCAUGGAUGACCCGAAGUUCCACAAGAAGCUCGGUCAGCAGGCGUGGCUGGUGGCAGCAAUCACAGUGACUGAGUUUCUCAUAGUGGUCAAGUAUGACCCCAACACUAUCAUGCUGCCCAUCCCCUUCUUCAUCAUGCAGUGCUGGUUGUUAGGAAUCCUCCUCAUCUUCAUCUGGACAGUCUGGCGGUUUUUCAUCCGUGACAUCACGCUCCGCUACAAAGAGACCCGUCGACGCAAACAGGAAGUCCCCGCUGACCGAGACCGUCCUCUGGGCAACGGCAGCACAGCCACCCCUUCUGGGCGCAGCAAACUGAACGGCAGCUCCGAGACGCUGCGGCAGAGGAAGUCCUGAGAGAGGGGGGUGGGAGGGGGAAUGUGAGUCGGUCAGCAGCUGCUGGAGGAGAAAGGACAAGGUUUGAUGGGGAAAUAAUGAGACGAAUGAAGGAGAAUCGAGACACAAAGACACACGUAGAGACAAACAGAUGGACACGUGUAUGUGCUGUGUAGACUGUUUUUGUGCCUACAUGAACCAAGUAGUCAUUCAAGAGAGGCGAAGGGAGGGAAGGGGCAAUUUUCAUUCGGUGCAUUGUCUAGUUAUUGUCAUACUACAGGGAUUUACCUCAUUCUAUUUUUUAAUAGCGUAUGGAGAAUUAUACACAUGACAAGAUACAUGUUUGUGUUAUUUAUACAUGUCGGGUGAUGAGGGGGGGGAAGAAAAAAGCUGAAACAAAAAGAGGGUGACGAGUGGAAGCAGGGAUACAGGUGACCAGGGAAGUAGAUAAGAGUCUUGAACGGUGAUCAACAGCAGUUUCCAUUUUCUCAGCUGCACUUUGUCUUAGACAAGAAGAGAGCGUCAGGAACAUGUCCGCCACUGUAAAUAUGCUUUCUUCUGUGUUGUGCAGUCGCAUCAGUGCAGAUGAGAAAACGGCGAGUGUUUAGAGCAGGUUUUGUAGAUGUAAUGACUGAUCUGGAUUCCGUUCAUUGUCCACUGCUGUGCAGUCUUCAGUAUCGAUAGGAUUUUGGCCACAAUACUGCCAAGCAGCAGUUAAACUGAAGCUUGGUUAAUAGUGACACAUUUCUGUUUUCGUUCAGUUAAAACUACACUUUUUAUUUCUGUUGAUUCCUUUGCACUUUCACAGUUUAUAGUACUCUCUUCUUCUGUUUGGUCCCAGGCUUUUUGAUAUGUUGUUUACAUGUUGGAGACAAUAUCAUCUUUUCAUUUACAGUUCAGGUUUCUGAUUCCUGGAGGCACUGAGCCUGGAGGACCUUGUAACUGCUGGGGAUCCUCCCUCAGCCACUGAGAGGAGAGGAAAUCUGGCCAAAGCCGGUCUCUCUUCUCACACUUUGUUCUUGAAAAGAAAGAGUUUGUAAAAAAAAUAAAAAAAAAAAAAAAAAACUCAAGCUGUACCAUAUUCUAGGUAUUUAACUGCUGAUAUUAUACAUGCUAAAUGAGCUAUAGAUUGGGUGUUUUUUUUUUUUGUGGAUGUUUUGUUAUCACCGUUGUUAUUUCUUUAGGGUGAAUCGAUUAUGAACGAUAGAUUGUAAAUGAGGUACUGAGAAAUCUGCAGCACUCUAAUGAACAGUUCCACGACAAUCACACUGACAGAAAGCUGUGCUCAGUUUCCAUCUGAUGGAGACGUGUUGGCUCACAUACAGCACAGAUCUGGAUGUUUCCCCACCAUGACAGGACUGUAAUUAAGGCUCGCCUCAACUGUUGGCUCAUUCAGUCACAUCAGAAUGUGAAUUUAAUAUCUUCUUUUUAUGCCAAAAGUUUUUUUUUUUUUUUUUUCGGUUUUGAAUUUGAUUAAAUAUCUCAUGUUCUGCAGUGCCUGAAUUAGCUGAAACAAGAUGAGAACCAACCUUAUUUUGAGAGGGAGAAUCGAAGGUUUACUGUGGGGUUAGUUGUGUUGAGGUUUGGGAAGAGGACCAACUUUUCCAGCUCGGUGGGGGGAGGGUUGCCAUAUUGCACAUGCAAUCAGCCAAAGCUUAGAUCUCAUUCUUGCUUAAGCCAUAAAUGCCACCCAGACACACUUGAGCCGCUCAAACCGCUGUUAAACCUCCUUUAGAUUCCUUUUAAUCUCAACAGUUUCAAAGCCAUUGGGGUGGGUCACAUCAGCAUACAGUUUCUAUGUUACAAACGGACAUUGACACCUGGAGGUCAGGCUGUUGACACCAAAUGUACCUGGACAGUGAAGGUAUGUCAAAAAUUGGAGACUCCCUACUCCCUUGUUUCUGUAACACUGGGUGUCUCUGAUGUGAAAUCAUCUUAGUUUCUUUUGAUUUCUCGUCAGUUUCAAAGUUAAAUGGAAUCUUUACGAUUAAUCAAUCUGUCGAUCAACAGAAAAUAAAUCAGAAACUAUUUUGAUAAUCGGUAAAUUGUUUCACUAAUUUUUCAGUCAAAUACAGCAAACAGUCUCUGGUAGCAGCUUUUGUCUUUUGUGAUGCUGAAUAGGUUAGGGAUUCGACUACUGGUCGGACAAAACAAGGAAUUUGAUGACAACAAAUUAUAGAUUGUUAAACUUAUAACAACCAUUUCUUUACUAUUUUCUGACAUUUUACAGACAAAUUGAUUAUUCAACAAAUUAAUCAGCAGAUUAAUCAAUAAUUAAACUAGUUGUUGGUUGCUAUCUUAGAUGAAUGAUCCAAACUUUUCAUAGUGAUACAACAAAAUAAGCUUUACUCUGGAAAAAAAAAAAAAAAAAAAAUCCAACAUGGUUAAACUGAAAAUAACAUCCAGUCUUUCUGGAUAUUCACACUGUUUCCAAAAAAGCUUCAGUCUUUGUCCUCUUCAGGUUUUGUGGCUGUCAGAGAGUCAGUUGUAUACUACUGUGUGUUACUCAUCGUGUCCCAGUGGCUACAUACGGCAUUGUUGAUGACAAAGUAGACAACAUCCGUGAAUUUAGCUCCAGAUCUUCCUGUUGUAAACUAGGCUGGUGUUUAAAGAUACUAUAGUAAUUUUCUUGUGAAUGUAAUCCAGCAGAAUCUGCUGUUCAAAUGAGAGGGUCUGCUCACCGUCUUAUCAGUUUAUUUUGCCACAAACACUAAGCUGAAGCCCUGACGUUUGUCAUUUAUGCAAUGCUCGUUCUCAUGCUUAUCCAGGCUGUAACUGUUUGCAUAUUUCACCCUCUUUUUUGAAUUACAGAGACUGCUGUGCAAAUUUAAAACCCUGAAAAUCUUUAGCAGAUAUGUCAAACUUUGUACUCGUUAUUCUGUGCUGUGCUGAUUCAGUCGCUUGAGAACUUGGUAGAAGUUCAGAAAGUUUGCUUUUUUUCCCCCCUCCUUUCUAAAAUGAAAGCAUUUUAGAUGUGGCCUGGGGGAUUCACUGUGUACCUGUGUUCAUGCCAUGGAUUGGUUGAGGUGCUUUGGUUUGAAAUCACUGUAGACUUACGCCAACCCAAGUCAUGAAUUUGCACAUCAGCUCUGAAAUCACAAAACUGUGAAUUCAGAGACUGAACUCAUAAGUGAGCUGUUGAACGAAAUAGGAACUGGCCAAAAAAGAAAAAAUAGGACCUUUUCCUUUAGUGUGUUUGAGUUUCGGUGUAGUUUCACUUGCAGCCACAUGGGGGCGGUAGAUGUUUCGUUACUGUCUCUGCCCUGCAUUAUUGUCUCCUUGACAAUGAUCAUUGGCAACUUGCUGUAAAAGCCAUUUUCAACUUGGUUUGUGUAAAUGUGAACAUGUUAAAGAUCAUAAACUGAAAUAUGCUGCUGCACCACAGAAUUUUAUAAUGUUUUCAAUAAAAUCUAAUGAAAACCUGAA